CUUGCGGCGUGCACGACUGCCCGGAACAUCAUCACUCUGCAGUCGAACCAUCAGGUGUCUCCAAUUCUUCCUCGGCCUGAGGACGAUUUUAGCAUUCAACCGCUUGCAGUGCGUGCACCAGCUGGCAUUCGAUGCGGCUCCGGGGUUGGCAAAUGUCCAGAGAAACUCUGCUGCUCCACUGCCGGUAGGUUUUCUUGUGCCUCUGACCGACAAGAUCCCUUCUGAUGCUUGCAGGCUAUUGUGGAGACUCCAAGGACCACUGCAGCUCUCCUGAGUGCCAAAUCGACUACGGCUAUUGUGACGCGCACAUGACCCCAGGCGGAUCCUCCACCGAAGACAUUCCGCGUCCUCUUGACGGGGCUGCCCUUUACGGACCUAAUAUCAUUCGAUCCUGCACUGUCCCGGGUACUGUCGCUCUAACCUUCGAUGACGGGCCCAAGGAGUUCACAAAGGAUCUACUCGAUCUUCUUGACCGGUACGAAGCGAAGGCGACCUUCUUUAUCACCGGCAACAACAACGCCAAAGGUCAGAUUGACAGCCCUGGAAUGCCAUGGGCAGGUUUGAUUCGACGUAUGCAUGAGAGUGGCCAUCAGCUUGCCAGCCACACCUGGUCUCACCAGGAUCUUAGCAAGAUCUCACGGUCCCAGCGUCGCAUUCAGCUGUUGUGGAAUGAGGCCGCUCUGCGGAACAUUCUGGGAUUCUUCCCUACAUACAUGCGCCCUCCUUAUUCUAGCUGCACGGCCGAGUCCGGCUGCCUGGCGGAUAUGGGGGAGCUUGGCUACCAUAUCAUUCUAUAUGAUAUCGACACAGAGGAUUACAAGCACGACAGUCCAACGGAAAUCCAACGCUCCAAGGAUAUCUUCGAUAGUAGUCUGGAUGCUCGGACUGCCUUUGACCGUCCCUGGCUUGUGAUUGCUCAUGACGUUCAUGAGCAGACCGUCCAUAACCUCACGGAGCACAUGUUGAAAAAGCUCACCGCCGAAGGAUUCCGACCAGUGACGGUGGGUGAGUGUCUUGGAGACCCUCCCAAGUACUGGUACCGUGAAGACAACACUGUCGAUGGCCGCAACUCGAGAAAUGAGGUCUUCCAGGUUCCCACGAAGAUAGUCUCGUUCGACGGGAUGUGUGGCGGCAAUGUCACAUGCGAGGGGUCCCGCUUUGGGCCUUGCUGCAGUGGAACCGGAUUCUGUGGCAAUUUGACCACGUUCUGUGGCGAGGGCUGUCAGAAUGAGAACGGAGUUUGUGACAGCAAAAAGGAGGUCGUUGUCGCUGAAGAAGAUCACGCCGACUUCCGACCAUCUAGCAAAGUCAUAUCGAAGGGAAAGCCUGCCAAGUCGGGUGCGAGUCGUAUGCUCCAACCUUCGAGAUUCCCCAUCGAGCUUGCGGGACUGCCUUUGCUUGCUGUGCUGAUUGGAUAGUCCAGGGAACGAGAGCCUAGAUACUAGACUUGGCAUGGUACGUCAUUGAUAUCCUGGGUGCAGCCUGAUCACUAUGUUUGUGAGUCUGCAUGUUUAAUAGGCCGAGCCUGUGCUUUGUAAGACGUUUGUACACUCCUUUGAGCAUUGAUAAGAAUGUUAUGAAGCAUGAU